AUGGCUUACAAUCCAUUCUUAAGUAUGAACGAGCCGAGCGCUCCCGCCACUACGGAUGUUCUUAAUCCCUUUAUGAUUGCCGAUGCGGAACCUGAGGCAAUUACUUGUGAAAAUCCUUUCGCUACUAGUAAUCCUUUUUCUGAUUUCGGCAGCGAAUACGAACCACCGGCAGGAGAUACUGUACCUGUGGAUAUUUUUAGCGGUAUAGAACCGACUGGCAUUGGAGCCAAACAAUAUGAAGAAUUUUCUGAACAAAAAUCUACACCACUGGACAUAUUCACAACCAGUCCAGUGGAUCAAGACCGAUUAGUCAAACCAACUGAACUCGAUUUAGUGACUGCUUCGCUCGACCAUCCAUUUUCAAACGAAGAAGAAGAUCAAAGUCAUCAUUUGCCAGCCCGACCUUUACCACCUGAAACACAAAAUUUAAUCUUAACUGUAACUGGGCAAAUGGAAUUUACAAGUUCACAUCUGCUAGACCGCAUCCCCCCUACACGCACUCCGAGCCCUGUGUCUGUGCGAGACAUUCAUUCACCUAGCCCUACGCCGGAGCCGGAGCAUGUUGAAGAGCCACUAAGCGACAACUUCGAUAUCAACCGCAACAAACCGACCCGGCCACCACCGGCCCGGCCGCCGCCAGCGACCCGCCCGCCACCACCGCGGCCUCAGCCGCCACGCCCGCCCCCGGCAGCACCGUUAACUCAACCAGCAGCACCACCACCCACGCAACAUUCAGAUGAUAUUAAUCUAUUCGAUGCACCCAUGCCUGCCUCGAUCAAACCUACUAAGGAGGCUAUUUUAAGCUUAUACACAGCACCUAAAAAAGAAGAAAAACCCAUAGAUUUCUUAAGCGAUGAUUUAUUAGACGACGUCACUGCUAAUGUAAAAUACGACAUUUCACAACAUCUUCCAGGAGAAGUAGCCACGUCUGUCGGUACUGUUGCCGGGCCAACCAGUUUCGAACCAGAGGAACCCAAAUCAGUUAGUGUGACAGCAAAUAAUGUGUUUUCAACAACAGUAGACUCCAUAGCUGACACAGUGGCACCUAUGGAUUGUUCGGAGCCGCAGAUAGAGGACGCCACUGCGACAUGUAACACUUCUCCAUUUGGUGACGUUUUGAAAGACGACUUCUCAGCGCAACCGGCUAGCAUAGAUGUUGAACGAAAUCCUUUUGAGAAUCCCGUCGAUUCUGUGGACGUGGCAGCCCAGUUACCUGAAGAUAUAUUUGGCGUGACGCCAACUGAUAUUGUAAUGACGAGUAGUAACGAUAUUUUUACUAACACUAAAGAUAAUAUUUUUGAGAUUUCAUCCAUAAAUGGGACAGGUGAAGCCCCCAGUGAUCCAUUCAAUUCGGCUCCAAAGGAAACUACAAAUGCUGCUUCACACUCAUCUCUACCACUGGACAGACAGGCGGAAAGUGGGUUCGACGUUAGUGGUCUAUCGCCUUCAGCCACUGCUGAUUGGGGUGCACCGACAGAAAUAACUAUGCAGGAUGCUUUUCCCAGUAGCCAAGAUGCGUUUGACGCAUUUUCAGCGAAGUUUGACGCCACUGCAGCUAAUAACUUGAAUUCAGGAGCUUGGGGUGACGACAGCAGCGCGGAGAUGGCGCCGAGCGGGUUCGAAGCGGAGGCCUUCGACCCGUUCCUCAGCAUGGGGGCGCCGCCGCCGCCGGCCGCCACGCCGCGCCUCGACCACCAGCCCUCUCGUGACUCCGUGGACGAUACCUUCUCAGUCUUCAUCAGGCCGAAGGACAGCGAGUCGGGCGGCGGCGGCGGGGCGGAGGGCGCUGGCGCCGUGCCUGUGCUGGCGCCGCCGCCGCGCCCGCAGGCGCUGCCCGAGUCACCGCGCGCCAACCCCUUCGACAAGAGUGGUUUCGAAGAGCGCCGAGACCCAGUUUACGAGCGAGGUGAGGGCGAGGCGGGCAGCGAGGGGGAGGGCGAGGGCCCGCCCACGCCACUGUUUGACGAGGACGUGUCGCAGCCGCUGGAGGACUUCCCGCGCACCAAGUAUACAGGCCCCGGCUGGGAGAUGCACUUGAGACAACCCAAUAAAAAGAAAAUUACAGGACAGAGGUUCUGGAAGAAGAUCUUCGUGCGCGUGGCGCUGGUGGGCGACAACCCGGUGGUGCAGCUGUACAACGCCGCGACGGACAAGGAACCCUUCCAGGAGUUGCCGCUGCAGGCCUGCUACUCCGUGUCUGACAUCGGCGCGCAGCAGUUCGACCAGUUCGGCAAGAUCUUUACUGUCAAGUUGCAGUACGUCUUCUAUAAAGAGAGACCUGGCGUCAGGCCGGGCCAGGUGACGAAGGCGGAGCGCAUCACGAACAAGUUGUCGCAGUUCGCGGCGUACGCCAUCCAGGGCGACUACCAGGGAGUCAAGGAGUUCGGCAGCGACCUGCGCAAACUGGGCCUGCCCGUCGAACACGCGCCGCAGGUGUCGCAGCUGUUUAAGAUCGGCUCCCUGACGUACGAGGACGUGAAGCAGUUCAGUUGUUGCGUGGAGGAGGCACUGUUCCGGCUGGCCGCGCACAGAGACCGCGCGCUCACCUACAAGAUGGAGGAGGUGCAGGUCACGGCGGUGGACGAGCUGUACGUCGAGCAGGACGCGGAGGGCUCCGUGCUGAAGCAGAUUGCGAGAGUGCGACUGUUCUUCCUCGGCUUCCUCAGCGGCAUGCCGGACGUGGAGCUCGGGGUCAACGACCUGCGGCGGCAGGGCAAGGAGGUGGUGGGGCGGCACGACAUCAUCCCCGUCGUCACGGAGGAGUGGAUCCGGGUUGAGGACGCUGAGUUCCACGCCUGCGUGCAGCCCGAGGAAUUCACCAAUACGCAGAUUAUCAAGUUCAAGCCCCCGGACGCGUGCUACAUCGAGUUGAUGCGGUUCCGCGUGCGGCCGCCCAAGAACCGCGAGCUGCCGCUGCAGCUCAAGGCCGUCUGGUGCGUCACCGGGAACAAGGUGGAGCUCCGCGCGGACGUGCUGGUCCCCGGGUUCGCGUCCCGCAAGCUGGGCCAGGUGCCGUGCGAGGACGUGGCCGUGCGCUUCCCCAUCCCCGACUGCUGGAUCUACCUGUUCCGCGUCGAGAAACACUUCCGAUACGGUUCCGUCAAGUCUGCGCACAGGCGAACGGGCAAGAUAAAAGGCAUCGAACGGUUCUUGGGAGCCGUGGACACCUUGCAGGAAUCUCUCAUCGAGGUCACCUCCGGCCAGGCCAAGUACGAGCACCAGCACCGCGCCAUCGUCUGGCGCAUGCCGCGGCUCCCCAAGGAGGGGCAGGGGGCCUACACCACGCACAACUUGGUGUGUCGCAUGGCGCUGACGUCGUACGACCAGGUGCCGGCCGAGCUGGCCAGCCACGCCUUCGUGGAGUUCACCAUGCCCGCCACGCAGGUGUCGCACAUGACGGUGCGCUCCGUGUCGCUGCAGGACCACGACGGGGACCCGCCCGAGAAAUACGUGCGCUACCUGGCGCGCCACGAGUACAUAGUGGGCAUCGAGCGCACGUCGGGGCAGGCGGCGCCGGCGUACGCGCUGGCGACGGCGGGCCGCCACGCCGAGCCCGCGCCGCCGCCCGCCGCCGCGCCGCUGCCGCAGCCGCCGUCCUCCGACUCCGACUCCGACUAG